AUGUUCCUCAGCCAAGUGAAGUGUGCAAGAGAUAUUCUUAUCCGAAUUGAUCUCCAUGAUUCAAAGCCAAUUGCAACACCAAUGAUUGUCUCCAAUCAUUUGACUACUGAUGGUCCUCUCUUUCAUUCACCAACAACUUAUCGAUCCCUUGUUGGUGCACUGCAGUAUCUCACCAUUACUCGGCCGGAUAUCACACAUGCAGUAAAUUCAGUAAGUCAAUUCAUGCAUUCACCAAGAGAACAACAUUUUCAAGCCGUAAAAAGAAUUCUCAGAUAUGUUAAAGGCACUCUUCAUUUCGAACUCAACAUCAGUCCAUCAAGCAAUCUCAACAUCUCGGCUUUUUCAGAUGCCGAUUGGGCUGGUUGUCCAGAAACUAGUCGAUCAACAUCAGGAUAUGCAAUUUUUCUGGGUAACAAUUUAAUCUCAUGGACCUCCAAAAAGCAGUCCACAGUAUCUCGAUCUUCGGUGGAAUCUGAAUAUAGAGCAUUAGCACUCACUGCAGCUGAAGUUAAAUGGUUGUUAAACAUUCUUCAUGAUUUACAAAUUCAACCAACAGAACAUCCAACUUUACUUUGUGACAACACAAGUGCCAUUUUCAUGACUCGAAACCCAGUAGCUGAACGAAGGUCCAGGCAUAUUGAUAUUGAUAUUCACUUUGUUAGGGAAUUAGUCUGCAAUGGUAUAUUGAAGAUUAAACAUGUGCCAUCCACCUUACAAAUAGAAGACAUAUUCACCAAAAGUCCAUCAAAACCUCUGUUUCUGCUAUUCCGAUCUAAGCUUCGCGUGUUGCCAACCACGCUUGACUUGAGGGGGGAUGUUGGCGAUAACAGAGCAUUAUCCUCUGGAGAUAAUCAAGGCAGCAAUCAAACAGAAAAUCAAUCCAAGCAUCAAGGAGCAAUACAUGGCAAUAUAGACGUUGUACAAAUGUAUAGGAGUUGA